AUGUAUGACGUAUACAAGUUUAAGGUUCAUGCAUUAUCUGUGGAGGAACAAAUUAAAAGAGUGGAACUGAGACUUCAUCAGAACAAAGAAUCGAUAAGUCGCAAAACAAAAGUUAAAUACGUAAUCAAACAAAACGGGCAUUCAAUUUUAAAGUACCAUUCAAAGGAAAAUGUUGAAGUGGACGGGAAAUAUUCCGUUGUAAAUUUAUCAACGACUAUUAAGUCACUGAUUAACCAGGUUCAUGGUAACAUUACUAUAAAAGUAUCUAUCAAGAAAAAUAUAAAAUUUGAACCGUCAAAUAAAAGUCGCAAACUGAGGCGAGAAGAAAGCGAAACUAAAAAUGACGCUUUAUUAAUUAUUUUUUCUGAAGAUAAGGGAUUUCUUCACCAAAUGUACGAAAAAAUUAUGCAAAUGAACCCUGCAGAACAAUUAUCGCGAUCCAAACGUGCAAUACAGAAAAGAGAGAAAAAGAAAAAUAGAACGAAAGGAAAAAGAAAACGAAAAAUGUGCCAAUUACAAGAUUUUGACGUUGAUUUUAAUCAUUUAGGAUGGGGACAAUGGAUUGUAUACCCUAAAGUAUUCAAUGCAAAAAUAUGUACAGGUGUUUGUAAAUCCCCAGUGGAUGAAAAGUUUACACCAACGAAUCAUGCCAUGCUGCAAAGUUUAAUGAGACUUGGUCAACCGAAGGCCGCACCUAUGCCAUGCUGUGUACCAACCAAAUUAAAGCCCCUUAAACUGUUAUAUUAUGAACAAGACGAAAUAGUCGUUCGUUUACAUGAUGAUAUGGUUGCGGAUUCUUGUGGAUGUCGAUGA